UAGUUACACAAACCGAGAAGGUAAGAAGGAGGUAAAAUAGACUCCGUUCCGUUCCGUUGCCUGGACACGCCUCGCCUCCUCGUCUCCUGGAACAACGAAACAGGCGAACGCCGCGUCGCCCUCUCCGAUCUCUCCCCGCCUCCGCCAUGGCCGCGCGAUCCCUCCACCACCUCCUCCUCCUCCUCUUCCUCGCCGGCUUCCACUCCCUCUCCCUCUCCCCCGCCGCCGCACUGCGGUUCGACCUGCAGUCGGGCCACACCAAGUGCAUCUCCGACGACAUCAAGGUGGGCGCCAUGGCGGUGGGCAAGUACCACGUCGUGGUGCCCGAGGGGGGCGGCUCCACCUCCUCCUCCUCCUCGUCGUCGUCGUCGGCGCAGCCGCUGCUCCCGGAGUCCCACCGCGUCUCAUUGCGGGUCACGUCACCCUACGGCAACAGCCUGCACUACUCGGAGAACGUGCAGUCGGGCAACUUCGCCUUCACGGCGUCCGAGGCCGGGGACUACCUCGCCUGCUUCUGGGCGCCCGACCACCGCCCCACCGCCACCGUCGGCUUCGAGUUCGACUGGCGCAGCGGCGUCUCCGCCAGGGACUGGACCAACGUCGCCAAGAAGGGCCAGGUCGAUAUGAUGGAGGUUGAGCUCAAGAAGCUGGAGGAUACUAUCAACUCUAUCCAUGAAGAAAUGUUUUAUCUUCGCGCAAGGGAGGAGGAGAUGCAGGAACUGAACAGGAGAACAAACUCAAGGAUGGCUUGGCUUGGUUUCUUCUCACUAGCUAUCUGCCUGUCAGUGGCGGGGUUGCAGUUGUGGCAUCUGAAGAACUUCUUUGAGAGAAAGAAGCUUCUAUAAUUCUGACUCAGAACAUUUAGGCAUAAAAUUGUGUGAUUUCUCUUUUUAUGCUUACCAGGCGUAAAUUUCCUGCAAGGGACAGAUGUUAGCAUAGUUGAGGAACAUUUCUUUUCAGUUUCCUAGACCAACUUAAAUAGAUGUAAAAUGCAAAGACGACACCAAUUUUUGUUUCCUUGCUUGCAAAGUAUGUUGUUUUCAUGGUUCAAAAGACAAGGUUCUAUUUUUUUGUUCU